AUGGGCUCCACAGACCCCUACCGUCUCGGCCGCGACGUCAUCGCCUCCACGCGCCUCAACCUCCAACACUACAUCUGGAAAGAAAACAUCGGAUACCUCCUGCACCCAUCCAUCCGAUUCCCCAAUGCCAGCAGCAACAGCGACAUCUCUAUAGCCGAUGUAGGAACCGGUACUGGAAUCUGGCUCCUCGACCUCCACCGCCAAUACCCCAACGCCACACUUCACGGCUUCGACAUCUCCUCCGAGCAAUACCCCGCGCCGGGAUUUCUCCCAUCAAACAUCUCCCUCCGGCAUCUCAACAUCCUGGAGGAGAUUCCGGAGGAGUACGUGGAGAAGUAUGAUGUCGUGCACGCAAGACUCCUCGUGCAGGUCGUGUUGCAGGCGGGUGGGGAUCCUCGGCCGGUGAUUAAGAACUUGAUGAAGCUUGUUAAGCCCGGAGGCUACAUCCAAUGGGAAGAGCCCAACGACGACGCAGGCAACCGACCCCUCGUGAAAAGUGAUCCUGAGACUACUGUCUCCGAGAGCUCGGAGGAGCUUAUGAGGAGAAUUGAUGGGAAGUUUAGAUCGAAGAAUGCCUUCAUGAACUAUCUGGGACUGUUUGGGGAGUUGAUCAGUAAGGUACCAGGGGUGGAGAAGGAGGAGUUGAAUGAGUUGUUGGAGAAGGCGGCGGUGGAGGCGAGAGGGGGUGUGGCGUGGAAGGUCAGGAGUUUUGUUUCAUGUGCCUUCAUGCCGUAG